AGCCACUGCUCACUUCGUCCUCUCCACCACAACUCUAUCCCCACCCCGUCUCGUAUACACUAUUCAAGGCAAACCGGAUCUGGAGGCGGACGGGUGAAGACGGCGACCGGUUCAUCUGCGUCAGCAGCCAAACAGCUAGAGAUUAGUGAGCAUGGAACCACCGGAUCCACCACGAAAAAGGGAUCUGCCAUGUGGACAAGGUGGUGGUGACGGACAGAACAAAAAGCCACCAUCCAGUGGCAAAAUGGAAGGAUCCAUCGAUGGCGACGCUACUGGUGGCGACGACACUCCACUCGGCGCCCCCAAUGCAUCGGACGCGGCUGCGAAGAACCGGAGAUGGUCAGCCGUGCUGGCCGGAAAAGGAUACGGGGCUCGUUUAAUAGUGUUCUCGCUGUUAGCCGGUGGUACAUAUUUUGGCCCCAGACAGUCGUACACGUCGAUCAAUUGGGAGCUGCUAGCGUGUGUCCUAUGCAAUCAUGGGACUGGCGAGUACGACCUAGCCGACUGGGUAUUUGAGAUCAUCAGAGCAGCUGUGAAAAAAAUACAUAAAGAUCUAGCAGCUGGGGUCAGAACUCUAAUUGUAGGAGGCUGCCAUUUGGCUCUCAUUCCAUGGUUCUUCGACUGGAUGGACUUUGGGCCAGAUAGUGUAGAGCCAUACACUCUCCCCCGUAUCAGCGUUUACACCGGGCAGGUGUUCAGGAGGCUAAUCUACCUUACAAGAGAGUACCCAACUAUAUUCCCUACAAGGCCUUCUGAUGCAUUCAACCAGGAUAACAAUGUCUGGCAUGCUGUGGUUGGGGGUCCUGGAGGAAUCCUGCGACAUCCGGGUAAGAGAGGCAACAACAUUAGUCAUGCAUAAUAAAAAUUAGAGGUAUUGGUUUGUAAAAACCACUAGCUGACAAACUAGUUGUUGUCUAUUUGAUGCAAACAACGCAAUUGGAGGCGCUGCGAGCAGCACAACAGGUAGAUGACUACAGCAGCAAAGCACCCCGCUACGAGCAGCACAUCAAUAUGAGUGGAGAAAUGCAAGCACCAGAAUGGCAAACCGAAAACUCAGUAGUAAGGACUACAGCGAAACAAGCUGAUGCCAAAGGAAAAGGGAUAGCAGAAGAAAGUUCAGAUCCAUCAAACAGCGAUAGCGAUGAUGAACCGAUGGACCCUAGUGUUGGGCUUGGCCUUAAUUUGACGAGGACUGACAGGAGAGGGGGACCCAACCUAGCACAGAACGCGCCCACCGGCAUUAUGAUUGGAGAUGAUCUAGGCCGAGCCCGCGUUACAGGCCCACGUAGCAUGAACCGGCUCAGGCAACGGCUACAGCCUAGGAUCAGCAAUGGUGGUGAAACUGUGUCAAACAUGGCCCGAUUCUCUGCUCAGACCUCAUGCAGAGUUGCAAUGCUUCGUAGCAGGGGGGACUACCUCAGAGCCGAGCUACAAGAACUCGAGGCUAAAGCGAAAGCAGACCUUGAAUACGGGGCAAUUCAUGGAAUUCUACCAUCUCGUAGAGGAUCAUCAUCUGCCGCAGUUGACAUGAAUGCCGAGGGAGAAUCUGAACCAGAAAGGAGGGAGCGCGUGCGGAGCUUAUCUGCCGCUGCACUAGCUGUGGUAGAACAAGCAAUUGGCAAUCCAGAACUUUUUGAAGGCAUCUUUGAGCAGGCUCGGUUGAUGCUAUCAGACCUAGGAGUGGAAGGGUACAACGAAGAUCAUGGAACGGGAGUUGACGCAAAUGGGAACAACACGCCACAGAGAGAUGAUGAUGAUCGCAUCAACUGGGAAGAGCUGGAACAUAGCAGCCAGGAACACCGUCAACAUAUCAGUAGUCAGGCUGUGGGGGCAUUGAUUGUCACUGACAGCAACCUAAGAGCAAUUGUGAAAGCAAGUGAGCAGGCAGCGACGAGUCGGAGUCUGUUUUAUGAGAAAUUUAACAACAUAGAUGGAAGGAAUCUACUGCCCUUGUUUGACGAGGAUGAUGCAGACGACGAGUCAUCAGAUGUUCCACCAGGGGUGCCUACUGAAUACAUAAUCGAUGAAGAUGAAUCAACGGACUUGGAUGAAGAGUUCCUUGCCGUGGCAUCACAAGUGCCGAUCCACUACAUGGAAGAAGAUGAGAAAAUGGAGGAUGGAUCAAAUUUGAUGGGAUUAAAUAAUUUAACUGAUUUACUAGCUUCAUUGAACACAUGCAUCCGGUGGAUUGCGUGGAUCGGAGCCGUGUUGGUAGUUGGAAGCGGAAGGGAAGGAGAUGAGUUGGACGAAGACCCACCGUUGAACGGCCUCAUCUUGCUAGGCGGUCAUGGUGUUAAUGACAAUUCAGAUGGUGAACGCGACGGAAAUGAGAACCGUUCCCUUGAGCAACGGAGGGCACGUGCACGUGCCUUUGAUAUUGCUGCAACCUGUCAUCCUGGUCUUUCCUUUCAUCGUGAAAACGGAGAAGCGGAUUGUCCACUAUAGGUGGUGGUUCGGCAUCCACAUUACAGCAAGCUGUCCUCAUGUACCUUCACAGCUGUAGCGGUGCCAACGAGGGUGGAAGGACUACAGGUGGACAUAGGAGUAAUGCAUGCCAGCUGACCUCCUCGGAUGCAAUUGCAGCACCUCCUACAUCUGCCAGAGAUGUUGCCCAUACAGAGCAGCCAGAACCAGCUCGAGCACAUGUGUUGGAUGUCCAAACAA